UGUUUAAAGGAGCCGUGAUCCGCGAAGCACCAAGCACAACGGCCGGCCAGUCUUGGGGGAAAAAGCCGCGUCUUUGAAUCAGAGAUGAAUCCAGUGACUUAGAAAAGACUUAGUGACUCAGAAAGAAUUUAAAAAAUUUAAAAGUGUUGACGCAAGGUGUUUCCGAAACUAAGGCAGACAGAUGAGACUGAUCGAGAGGAUUCAAAUAUGUUAAGCAAAUUAGAAAUAUAACGCAUGCUAAUUAGAAGCAGCUGGUGUGGCCGGAGUUCCACUUAAGUGAACGUAUCGAAUAAGGAUGGCUUGAUGUUUUGUGCGUGUGUGGCGGAAAAGGUGCAUUCAUGUUUCGAGGGAGCGAAUAGAAACUUUCUGCGUAUCGUUCGGCCAUUUGAGCCUAUGAACCAAACCGUCCGGGUUUUCCCUUUUCCUUUUUAUCAGUGGGACCACCUGUUUGUGGACGGAUCUUGCUCACAAUGUCCAAAGUGGCGCAGAAGAAAAGCCACUGGACCGCCAAAGUUAACGAAUGCGCGAUCUGCAAGGACAGUCGCGGGGAGUUCAACGUGCAACUCCGCGGCGGCGCGGAGAACGGCGAGUUCGCGUACGUCGGACCCGUAAACGAGAGCGUCCUGCUCUAUAAGAGUGGGAAACUGACAGAAGGGGACCUGCUACUGGAGGUGGAGACCCUCUCCGUGUCCGGACUGCCGCUGUACGACGUGUUAAACAUCCUGAGGAACUUCAACGGACCCGUUAGGCUAAAGACCGUCCGGCAAGGAAGUAAACUCAAUAAGGACCUGAAGCUCUACCUCAGCCAGCGGUUCCAGAAGUCUUCAGAUGACCACAGACUGCAGCAGGUCAUUCGAGACAACCUCUACCGCCAUGCUGUGCCUUGUACAACCCGCCCCCCUCGUGACGGAGAGGUGCCUGGUGUAGAUUACAACUUCUUGUCUGUAGAGGACUUCUUGAAACUGGAGCAGAGUGGAACACUUCUGGAAAUUGGCUCUUAUGAAGGUAACUACUAUGGAACACCCAAGCCGUCAAGCCAGCCCCCUGGUGGGAAAGUGAUUAGUGGCGAUGCUCUUCCCCAUGGCCAGCCCGCCCUCCUGGAGACCACGCCCCGCCGCACCAAGUCCUACAAUGAGAUGCAGAAUGCUGGCAUAGCGUCUACGGAGACAGAGGAUGAGGACAGGCUUCCUGAAAUGAACAGUAGCUUCACAGGAGACUCGAGUGAACCUGACGAGCACCCUUCCGUGCGACCUUUAACCCUAUCCCAGCGGCUCAACAACUCCUUGGCAUCAACCACGGACAGCACCCAGAACACGCACACACACCCCAGCCUCCCCUCGGACGAGGACCCACUGGGCCCUCUGCCUCAGAACUGGGAGAUGGCGUACACAGAGAAUGGGGAGGUCUACUUUAUAGACCACAACACAAAGACCACUUCCUGGAUAGAUCCACGAUGCCUGGAAAAGCCCCAGAAGCCGCUGGAAGAAUGUGAGGACGACGAAGGCGUACACACCGAGGAGCUGGACAAUGACGUAGAGUUGCCUACAGGCUGGGAGAAGAUUGAAGAUCCAGUGUACGGAGUUUAUUACGUUGAUCACAUCAACAGAAAGACACAGUAUGAGAAUCCUAUACUGGAGGCUAAGAGGAAGAAACUGCUGGAUCAGUCCCAGACAGCUCAAGAGUGGAUAGAGGAGCAUUCACCAGGAGUUUUGCCAGCCAACUAUGCAGCCAAUCACCAGGAGACAUACCGGGAGCCAGGCUCCGCUCCACCACUGCCUCCUCUGGGACCUAAACGCGGGAAGCCGUUCUUCACGCGUAACCCGGCCGAGCUGAAGGGCUCCUUCAUCAACACCACUCUAAAGAAGAGCCACCGCGGCUUCGGCUUCACUGUGGUGGGCGGAGACGAGCCCGACGAGUUCCUCCAGAUCAAGAGUCUGGUCCUGGACGGUCCCGCGGCCCUGGACGGCAAGAUGGAGACGGGUGACGUUAUCGUCAGUGUAAAUGAAACCUGUGUGUUGGGCUACACACACGCCCAGGUGGUGAAGAUCUUCCAGUCCAUUCCCAUUGGCUCCAUGGUGGACCUGGAGCUCUGCAGGGGUUACCCUCUGCCCUUCGACCCUGACGACCCCAACACCAGCCUGGUGACCUCCGUGGCCAUCCUGGACAAGGAGCCCAUCAUCGUUAACGGGCAGGAGAGCUACAACUCGCCAUCCAGCCACGGGAGCCAGACGACAGGCGUCGUUAGCGGCAGCCUGAACGGCACCUCCGACCUGCCGCGACCCCACAGCCCCACCGACGAGGCCUCCUCCGACGGCUCGCACGAGCGUUACCCCAGCGACGUGGUGACCCUGGCGUCCUCCAUCGCCACGCAGCCUGAGUUGAUCACGGUGCACAUGGAGAAGGGCGACAAGGGUUUUGGCUUCACCAUCGCCGACAGCCCAUCAGGCGGGGGUCAGCGGGUCAAGCAGAUCGUAGACUACCCACGAUGCCGCGGGCUGCGAGAGGGUGACAUCAUCGUGGAGGUGAACAAGAGGAAUGUGCAGAAUCUGACGCACAACCAGGUGGUGGACCUGCUCAGCAAGUGCCACAAAGGCAGCGAGGUCACCAUGCUGGUCCAAAGAGGGGUGGCGCCUGCCAAAAAGAGCCCUAAACAGCAGCAACACCUGGAAAGGAAGGACAGCCAGGACAGCUCCCAGAAGAGUGUCUCCAGCCACCGUAGUGGCCCCUCGGACUCGCCCCUUCACGCCUCGCAGGUCCCGCCCACCGAGACGGCCACCCCGCCCCCUCCGGCCCAGCCGUUGCCCGGCCUGCCUCAGCAGGACCCGCCGGCGGACGGCAGCCUCGCCAAGAAACCGGACCCCUUCAGAAUCUGGGCCCAGUCCAGGAGCAUGUAUGAAAGUAGGCUCCCAGAUUACCAAGAGCAGGAUAUCUUCCUGUGGAGGAAAGAUACCGGCUUUGGUUUCCGGAUCCUCGGAGGGAAUGAACCAGGAGAGCCGAUCUACAUCGGCCACAUCGUGAAGUACGGCGCGGCGGACGAGGACAGCCGUCUCCGCUCCGGGGACGAGCUGAUCUGCGUGGACGGCACGGCCGUGGUGGGCAAGUCGCACCAGCUGGUGGUGCAGCUGAUGCAGCAGGCGGCCAAGCAGGGCCACGUCAACCUGACGGUGCGGCGCAAGAGCGGCUACGCAGUGACGAAGGUGGAUGGCGACGUUCCGUCAUCUCCGGCCUCGUCCCACCACAGCAGCACGCUGGUGGCGUCCCUGACUGAGGACAAGCGAACCCCACAGGGCAGCCAGAACUCCCUCAACACCGUCAGCUCCGGCUCCGGAUCCACCAGCGGAGGAGGCGGAGCCGGGACAGGGGGCGGGGCAGGGGGCGGAGCAGGAGCCAGCACCAUCCAACCGUAUGACGUGGAGAUUCGCCGCGGAGAGAGCGAAGGCUUUGGUUUCGUCAUCGUCUCGUCCGUGUCCAGACCUGACACUGGGACCACUUUUGCUGGAAACACGUGUGUGGCCAUGCCUCACAAAAUAGGCCGGAUCAUCGAGGGGAGUCCGGCGGACCGCUGCGGCAAACUGAGGGUGGGCGACCGCAUCCUGGCCGUCAACAACUGCUCCAUCACCAACAAGUCCCACUCGGACAUCGUCAACCUGAUCAAAGAAGCGGGAAACACGGUCAGCCUGCGCAUCAUCCCGGGAGACGAGACCUCCAACGCAUCGCUGCUGACCAAUGCCGAGAAAAUCGCCACAAUCACUACCACACACGCCCCUCAACAGCAAUCUGCAACUGAGCCAAGGAACAACACUAAACCAAAACAGGAGUCUUUCGAGUUCAAAGCGCCUCAAGCUUCCCAAGCCCCGCCUCCUCCAGCCUCAGCCCAGGCUCCUCCUCCUUCGGCUCCAGCACAAGCCCCGCCCCAGCAGGACCCGGAGCUGUACUCGGUGGACCUGGAGAAAGACAAUAAAGGUUUUGGCUUCAGCCUGCGAGGGGGCCGCGAGUACAACAUGGACCUGUAUGUGCUGCGUCUGGCCGAGGGAGGAGCCGCUGUGCACAACGGCAUGAUGAGGGUAGGGGACGAGAUCCUGGAGAUUAACGGCGAGAGCACCAAGGGCAUGAAGCACGCCCGCGCCAUCGAGCUGAUCAAAAACGGCGGCCGGACGGUCCACCUCGUGCUGAAGAGGGGUGACGGCUCCGUGCCCGACUAUGACGGCAGCGACGACGUCAACGGGGCUCAAGCCGUUUCGAAAGUGAGCUCAGCGCCUCCCCGCGGCCGGUCCCGCCCGCCACUGGUCUCCAGCUCUCCACCUGACGUCCAUAAAUCAUCUCGCCACGAGGACAACAGAAGGGCACGGGAGUCAGACCCUCACAAUCCCGGCCGCCGCUCCGACCCCCAUUCCAACCCCAGACACCGCUCCCCGGAGAGGAAGGGCAGGAACAAGCAUCACAGCAGGGAAGGCGACGCGGACGCCAGGCCGGCCAGGAAGACGGGCGACGGACGGUCCGGCAGGGACGACUCGCACCAUCCUCACCGCAGCCGACACCGUUCGCCGGAGAGGAGGCACCGGGCCCGGAGCGCCGAGAACACCCUGAACAGCCACUACGGGCAUCGGAAGGGCCGAUCUCCGGACCGUCGCCGCCAUCGUCAGCGCCAUUCCUCUCCGCACAGGCACCGGUCGCCGUACCGCUCGGGGCACCGGCACAGAUCACCUCACCGCUCCCCACACCACCACGGAUACCGGUCACCCCGGAGACGCCCCAACCCUUCCCCCUCCAGACCGCCCAAUGGCAAGCUGCAGCCGGAGAAGGAUGUGGUCCUGAAGGAGCCACCUCCACCCGAACCUCCGUCUCGGCUGGACAGGGAGCUGUCAGAGUUGGACCAGCUGAACCGGGAGAACUCCCCCCUGUUGGAUGACACAGUAGACAGUGACAACUUCCUCCCGGGACAGUCCUACAACUGGUUAGACCAUGACGACUUCCUGCCACGACAGCCCUAUGAACGUUUAGACCGUGACAUCCUCCCGCGACAGUCCUACGACCGGGUAAACCGUUUUGGCCGUGACGACGACCCACUCCGAGGGUCAUACGAUCGUCUGAACCGUGAUGACACCUUGCCCAGAGAGUCAUCCAACCGCUUCCGCGACCUCUCCUCUAUGGAGCGGACGUAUCGUGAAGAGAGCCUGCUCAGAAGGUCACUCCAGGACCAGAGUGUCCCACAGGUCAGGACCCCAGACUCGGUCGCGGCCUUCCGCAAGUACGGCUGUCCGUGGCCCGCAGACUACAGGACCAGGAGCCUGAGCCAAGACGUGCCCUUCGCCAGGGGCUCAGCAGAUAAGGAGGUCUGGCAGGAGAAUGACGCCAGAGACCAAGUAAGAGAUUAUUACUUGAGUCCAUUCAUGUGGUCCGAAAGCUGGCUUCCCGAGCCCUGGACGAUGGCCUACCAAGAAAAUUCCACAGAUCUCAGUAUCUGAUCAAACUGGCCCAAAACAUCCCAAUCCGAGGAGCGUGCGGACAUCCCCAGGAUACUAAGCUACGGAGCUGACAUCCCUGUGUUUUCCUAAACUGAGAUUCCUUGACUUGUAACAGUGAAAGAAUGGUUUUUAUUGUAUGUUCCAGGAGAAGUUUUUUUUUCCCUCUCAUUUCUUUUUCUACAAAUGAACAAACAGUUCUACUCCCAUCAGAUGUUGACAACUGUGUAUAAAGAAAGCAAUUAUGUGCCUAAUGGCACCAUUCAUGUCAGGUUUUUUCGUUUCUAAAAGGCAGCCUUUGAAUCUGCUAUCCAUCCCCUUCUCCACGGUAGUAUCUUCUGUUUCAGAGAGCACCUGUGCAGUGAGCUCUGUCUUCAGUACGCGCACGUUUGCAUGUCUUCAUACUUUAGUGUCUGUUUUUGGUUUUUUCCUCUCUCCCUUGGUGCCAGUGUUUUUGAAACGUUUGACCAGUGUAUAGCACAAGUCUGCAUUCAUUUGUAUAUUUUUGACAGUUUGCAGUACAUGUUUCAGAGGUAACGAUUUUACAAGAAUGGAGGGCAAAUGAAGGUAAAAUUAUGAUGUGAAA